UGAACUGGUUUUACUCAUCUCUCUCCUCUCCCUCUCUCUCUCUCUCUCUGUUUUUCAAAACCAUUAUUCUUCAAUAUCAAUACUCUCCAGAGUGUAGAAUGAAAGAGUGUGGGUGGGUUUCAUUUCUUGUAAUUUGCUUCUGUUUUUCAUGAGUUGUGAGGUGGAUGAAGUAGCAUUGUUAUUAUUAAGACUUAAAAAUGGAGUCUUUCUGCUCAAACAAGAGGGAAAAGGCUUUCAUAAUUCCAAGAACCAAAAACCAUAUAUAAUCUAAACAAAGGGUGCUCCGAUCUGAACUCUUGAAAGUGUUUUUGAUUGAGUUUUUUACCCAGCAGCCAUGAAGAGAUCACUGGGCAGCUCUGAUUCCCUGGGCGCUCUCAUGUCCAUCUGUCCACCCACUACAGAUGAUCCCAGUCAAGGGAACAGCAGCCAUGUGUACGCGGGGGAGUUUCAGUCGAUGUUGGAAGGGCUUGACGAGGAAGACGGCGGCGGCGGCCGUGUGGCGGAGAAGAAGCGGCGGUUGAGUGUGGAGCAAGUGAAGGCUUUGGAGAAGAAUUUUGAGGUGGAGAACAAGCUGGAGCCGGAGAGGAAGGUGAAGUUGGCCCAGGAGCUUGGGCUGCAGCCUAGACAGGUGGCGGUGUGGUUCCAGAACCGCCGCGCACGGUGGAAGACCAAACAGCUGGAGAGAGACUACGGCGUGCUCAAAGCCAACUAUGAUAGCCUCAAGCACAACUAUGAAUCUCUGCAGCUUGACAAGGAAUCACUCCUCAAACAAAUUCGCGACCUGAAAACAAAACUAAACGGAGAAAUGAAGGAGGAGGACAAGGAUGCAAAGCCAAACUCCGAUGAAAUAGAGCUGAAUUUUGAGGCGGCGGCCGCCGCCGCCGCCGCCGCCGUUCCGGCGGAUUUCAAAGACGGGUCAUCGGACAGCGAUUCCAGCGUGAUCCUGAACGAGGAAACCAGCAGCUACCACUCCUCGGAGGCGUUCUUGAUAUCCCACGAACCCUUCCCGGACUGCUUCAAAUUGUCGGAGCAUUUUAAGCCGGCGACGGCCGUUCUCGCCGACGCCGCCGCCGUCCAUAAGCUGGCGUAUCCGCCGCUACAGCUCGUGAAAAUUGAGGAACAGUUCAGCAGCGAGGAAUCAUGCAGUACUCUGUUCUCCGACGAACAAGCUCCUACUCUCCCCUGGUACUGCCCUGAUCCUGAUCCCGAGAGCUGGAAUAACUGGAAAGAAGAUGAACAAUAAAAAAAACAUUGAAACGCCGUUUAGUUUCUUGAAACUCCGACGUGGCGCCGGCCGGGUGGAAUUUUUGUAUAGUAAUGUUAAGACUUAAGAUUAGUCUCUGUAUUGUAGAAAACGAAGAUGUUUCGCAUCUUGGCAUAAGAUUCAAGAAAUCUGAAGAGGUGAAAAAUAAAAUUUAAAAAAAAAAAUGGCGGAGUUGAAUGACGUAAGGGGUUGUGACGCGGUGGCGCGGCCGCACGGAGCACGGCGGAGACAGGAAGCGUGUGGGUAAGGGUAAAAAGGGGGCGGCUUUUGGAAGGGAUGAUUGGAUAGUAAUUUGAGAUGUCUCGCACGUUUGCCUUUCACUUUCACUUUUUACUGUCAAAACAUAAUAAAAAAAGCUUCAACAAAAAUAAAUAAAAAAAAAACCGUAAUAUUUUGGAAUUGUAGCUUUCCAAGGUUUCAACUUUCAA